UUUGUUGUCCAACAAAAACACGGAGGGAGAAGAAAACCCCAAUUUCAAUUUCAAGAUUUCCAGGGAGAUACAGAGAGACCCAUAAAUUGAAAUCCAACGCACUCCGGAUCGAUUAAUCAGAAACACUUCUCUGUUCGGAGAAUUCCAACCAAGAAAAUAUGUCUUCACUUGCAGCUGCUAGAGCCGACAACUUCUAUUAUCCUCCGGAAUGGACCCCGAAUCAGGGUUCUUUGAACAAGUUUCAUGGUCAGCAUGCUCUGAGGGAGCGAGCGCGGAAACUGGAUCAGGGAAUUUUGAUCAUAAGGUUUGAGAUGCCUUACAAUAUAUGGUGCGGUGGGUGCAAUUCUAUGAUUGCAAAGGGUGUUCGAUUCAAUGCUGAAAAAAAGCAAGUGGGAAACUAUUAUUCAACAAAGAUAUGGAGCUUUUCCAUGAAGGCUGCAUGCUGCAAACAGGAGAUUGUUAUUCAGACAGAUCCGAAGAAUUGUCAGUAUGUGAUUAUUAGCGGGGCUCAACAAAAGACUGAGGAUUUUGACAUUGAGGAUGCAGAAACCUUUGCACUUCCUGCAGAAGAAGAAAAAGGUAUGCUCGCAGAUCCGUUUUACCGUCUUGAACAUCAAGAAGAGGAUUUGCAAAAGAAGAAAGAAGCUGAGCCAGUGCUCGUCCGCUUGCAGAGAAUUUCUGACGACAGGCAUUCAGAUGAUUAUGCCCUUAACAAGGCUCUCAGGGCCAAACUUAGAUCUCAAAAGAAAAGAGUUGCUGAAGAAGAGGCUGCUUCAAGGAGAAUGGGCCUCCAUAUACGACUGCUUCCAGCGGCAGAAGAGGAUACUGCCACUGCAUCACGGAUGAAAUUCUCUUCCAAGUUUGACAGAAAUAGGAGGGAUAAGCGAGCUUUGAUUAAUGCUUCUUCAAUCUUUCCUGGGUCAUCUGGGACUUCUAAGAAAGCCUUGGAACUAGAAUCUAAGAGAAGGAAAAUAAGUGCUGCAGCAGCAUCUAGCUUACUUGCUGGGCGAGUCAAGCCUUCAUCGUGGUCUCAGGAUUCUGUUUCUUCAAGCAGGCACAAUGGCUCUGCAGUCAAAGUGAGACGCUUCUAGCUCUUUAGGGUGCACAAGAGGGAAGUUGGCUUGAGCUCCAGAUAUGCCUGAUUGCAUGAACAAUAUUCAUGUUCCCUUCUCAGUUUAAAAGAGUGUAUGAGUUACCGAGUGUAUUCUCUCUGUUGUACAUAAUCAUGUUUAAAUAAUUGAAUUGAUGGUGUAUUAGAUCACCACCAGCUUCUUUUUUAUAAAGAUUGCCACUACCUUUGGCUUGA